CAAAUAUUACACCUCUAUAAAGUAAUAAAUGGAAGGACUUUGAACUCUUUAGAUAAGGAUACAUUUUAUUUCGUUAUUUAGGAACUGAUUAAGAUAUAGUCUUCUGAAGUUACAAUUUUACAAAAUGUUUGCUACGUGUAUAAAAACAUUGCGUGUUAAUAAUAAAUUUGGUAUUCUAACACGUUAUGAAUCCACAUUGGUCAUCGCAGAGCAUAACAAUGAAGUAUUGUCAUCUGUUACCUGCAAUGCACUAAGUGCUGCAAAAAAGAUUGGUGGUGACAUAACUGUAUUGGUUGCUGGCACAAAAUGUGAUGCAGUCGUGCAAGCUGUUAGCAAAGCAAAUGGUGUUUCCAGGGUUCUGGUUGCAGAAAAUGAAUCGUUUAAAGGGUUUCUUCCCGAGUCAUUGACUCCUCUUAUUAUUGCAACCCAAAAUGAACACAAAUUUACUCAUAUCAUGGCUGGGGCUACAGCUUUUGGUAAAGCAUUACUGCCAAGAGUUGCAGCUAAGCUAGACGUGUCUCCAAUAAGUGAUAUUAUCGGCAUCAAAUCACCGGAUACAUUUGUUCGUACUAUUUAUGCAGGUAAUGCGAUUCAAACAUUAAAAAGCAAAGACAAUGUGAAAGUAAUAUCGAUAAGAGGAACAUCGUUUGAACUAUCAUCUUUGGAGGGAGGCAGUGCUAAAUGUGAUCCUGCACCGACUGGUGACUAUAAGACAAGCCUAACAGAGUUCGUUAAACAGGAAUUGGUCAAAUCUGAUAGACCAGAACUAACAUCUGCAAAGGUUGUUGUUUCGGGAGGAAGGGGUAUGAAGUCUGGAGAUAAUUUCAAAUUAUUAUACGCGCUGGCUGAUAAGCUUAAUGCGGCUGUUGGUGCAUCUCGAGCCGCGGUCGACGCUGGCUUCGUGCCCAAUGACUUGCAAGUUGGACAAACUGGAAAAAUUGUUGCACCUGAUUUGUAUAUUGCCGUGGGUAUAUCCGGAGCAAUUCAACAUCUUGCUGGCAUGAAAGACUCAAAAACGAUCGUCGCAAUUAACAAAGACCCGGAAGCGCCGAUCUUCCAAGUAACCGAUUAUGGUCUUGUUGCUGAUCUAUUUAAGGCUGUGCCUGAACUUACGGAAAAAUUGUAAAUCUGAAAAAUAUUUUUAUCAUAUUUUUGUAAAACUUAUACAUACAUAUACAUGAAGAGUUUAUUGAAAACACAAAAUUUUUACAUAAUUAAACACUGAUAUUCCAUUUAUAAUCAUCAUUUGUAUAAUGAUAUAUGUGUUCAUGUAAAUUAGUUAUA